AUGUCAUUAACAAUGGAUCAUGAAUCGAUACUCCAAGAAGCUAAAGCUGGUCUCCAGAGACUUAAUAAGAGUGCGAUCACAGAACUCAUGGCUUUCCGUCAACCACCUGCUGGUGUUGUUCAAGUACUCGAAGGUGUAGCUGUAUUGUUAGUUCCAUCGAAACGAAUAUAUGAUUGGAAAGACAUCAAAAUAUGGUUGGGUAGUAAUCCCAAUAAUCUUGUAACGAUGUUGAAGAAUUUUGAAGUUGAUCAGCUCACUGAAGAACAAUUGCAACGUCUCAUAUCCAUUCUAGCUUGCAAAGAUUGUGAACCAGAGCGUGUUUUAAAGUGUUCUAUUGCAGGCCAUAUGUUAUGUAUGUGGCUUAGAGCAAUCGUUCAAUAUUCAACAGUGCAGCGACAACAACAACAACAACAACAAACUGUAUAA